UCCAUUUACGCGACGAUCGCUUAAAAGAUCGGUCGUCGGUCAGCGCAAACAUUUACAACACUCUGGGCUUUGUUUUUGUUGUUGUUUUGUAAUUCUCGGUUUCGUUUGUUGUGUUUUUUUUUAUUUUUUUUUAAUUUUAAAUAAUUUUUUUUUUGAAUAACGGAUCCCUUGCGCCGACAGAGCGGCAAUAUAAAAUUGAAGCACAUACAAUCAGCAUUUAGUCGAAGUUUGCAGCUUGCCCAGCGACACACUCUCCCACACACGCACACAAAAAAAACACACACACACAUAUAUAUAUUUGCAAAGUGCACUCUCUUCCGAAGAGCCGGCAACAGGAAGAAGAAGAAGAACAGGCGCAGCCUCGCAAUCAACAAAAAACAGUCAAUCUGCUGAUAGCAACAACGCGACAAUGACGCAAAAAACUAUGUUGCUGCAGUUGCUGCUCCUUGUGGCAGCCGUAGCAGCCAGCUUGGCCAACGAGUUGCCCUCCAAUCUCACACUGCUGGAUGCCAACGAGAUACCGCAACGGUACGAUGAGGCGCAGCUCUGGAGGAUCUACAACAUCUCGGAGGCGAUGCAAAAGCGUGUGCCCGUGGGCCAAAUGCUGGAGCAGAAGUUCGGUGGCAAUAUCUGGAAGGAGAACUCCAAGUUUCUGGACAUCUCCAUUGCCAGGGAUCAACUGAAGGCCGCCCGCAGCUUUCUAUCCGCCCAUCGUCUGGAUCCCCAGAUUCUCUCCCACAACAUUCAAUCCAUGAUCGACGAGGAGCUUCUCGAAGGCAUUCAGUCCAGUUCGUUUGGUCACGGAAGGAGAACGAAAAAGGCCGCCAGGAGCAGCAUGCACUGGAAGGACUAUCACGAUCUGGAGACCAUCUAUAGCUUUAUGCGGGAGAUCCGCACCAAAUUCCCCAACAUCGUGCGACUAUACACCAUUGGCCAAACGGCCGAGGGACGCGAUCUGAAAGUGCUUAGAAUCUCGGAGAAUCCCCGCGAGAACAAGAAGGUGUGGAUCGACGGCGGCAUCCACGCCCGCGAAUGGAUCAGCCCCGCGACGGUGACCUUCAUCCUGUACCAGCUGAUGUCCGACUGGGAGAACCAGCCGGCGCACAUUCGCGGCCUCACCUGGUACAUAAUGCCAGUGAUGAAUCCCGAUGGCUACGAGUACAGUCGAACAACGAAUCGCCUGUGGCGCAAGAAUCGCUCGCCAUCGCGUCGCGCCCAGUGCAGCGGUGUGGAUCUCAACCGUAACUUCGACAUCGGCUGGAAUGGCUAUGGCUCGUCGACGAAUCCGUGCAGUGAUACGUACCGCGGAUCCGCGCCAGCUUCGGAGCGGGAAACGCGAGCGGUGGCCGAGUUUUUGGCCAAGCGGAAGUACAAUCUGGAAUCGUAUUUGACCUUCCACAGCUACGGACAGAUGAUUGUUUAUCCGUGGGCCUACAAGGCCGUCAAGGUCAAGGAUGCCAGUGUCCUGCAGCGAGUGAGCAGUUUGGCCGCGGAGCGAAUCCUCCAGAAGACGGGCACUUCGUACAGGGCAGCGGUCACCCAUGAAGUUUUGGGAAUCGCAGGCGGUGGCUCCGAUGACUGGAGCCGCGCCGCGCUUGGUGUCAAAUAUGUGUACACCAUCGAGCUGAGGGAUCGUGGAGCCUACGGAUUUGUCCUGCCGCCGCGUUUCAUCAAGGACACAGCUCUCGAGGGCUGGACAGUGGUCGAGACGGUGGCGCAGGCUAUUGGCCCCAGCUCGUCCGGUUGAAUGCCGCCCCAUCUUCGCCGCCGAGUCUCGGUGUAAUUUGUAAACUCUGUCGCUUUUUUUACACCCCCCCUCCACCUUGUAUAAUGUGAAAACUCUGUGUGUGCAUGAAGGAUUAUUUAUGUUGGUUUGGAUGUCUGAUUUGGUGACUGAGAGUGAGUGUGUGUUUUGGGUGGGCUGCUGUAUCCUUUGAAUCCUGUACGGCGGGCAAUAAAUGAAUCCUCGCUAUUUAUUACUAC